UCCCUCUUCCCAGAUGUUUCCCGCCAAAACCCAGAAAAACGUUUAAAAAAAUACCUGAACAUGGCGGUAAUUUACAGGGGCGUACGCAUUUUUUAUCCUAGAGAUGUUUAACAAACGUCAAUAAACGUAAUUUAUUAAUUAUCACUUAACAAAAAUUCCUGUUAUAUGAUAUGUAAGAUAACCAAGGACGUUGGAUUAUCGUCCUUGAAAAUAACAUCAUAUGAUAUGCUUACGACGUCGAAUUUUCUGCGGUGUAGCCGUAGUUCUAAAAUAAACCAAUUUUCGUAGUCAAAUUUAUGACGACCUUGUUUCUAAUGAGUUAGUUCAAGAAAACCAUGUCUUUGACUUCGUAUUUUUUAUCAGAGGACUUGUGAGAAAAUCUCACUCUGAAUGUAAACAAAUGUAAUGAAACGAAUUAUCUAAACAGAGAUAUAUUUUAGAAUGCUGUGUCAUGCAUCAAAACGUAUAAACAAGUUCUUCAGUACGUGUGCUGGAACAAAAAUGUUGCAAAGUUUUCGAGCAGCCUUGGUCCAGUGUUCAGUGGGAAAAGAUCGCCAGAAAAAUUUACAAAAUGCGUCACGACUAAUAGAUGAAGCAAAAACUAAUGGGGCACAAGUAGUAGCACUUCCCGAAUGUUUCAAUUCACCAUAUGGAACAAAAUUCUUCGAUGAAUAUGCAGAAAGCAUUCCAGAUGGUCCAACCAGCAAGAUGCUUUCGGCAUGUGCAAAAAAAAACUCAAUUUUUCUUAUUGGAGGAACGUUUCCAGAACGGGAUAACAACAAACUUUACAAUACAUGUACGGUAUGGAAUCCAGCUGGUGAUAUGAUUGCAAAAUUCCGAAAGAUGCACCUGUUUGACAUAGACAUACCAGGCGGUAUAACAUUCAAAGAAUCAGAAAUUUUAUCAGGCGGUAAUGAAUUGGUUACUUUUAAUAUAAAUGAAAUAACUGUUGGGUUAGGAAUAUGUUACGAUUUAAGAUUUGAGGAACUGGCAAAGCUGUACCGCAAAAAAGGUGCCUUUAAUAUGACUACAGGUCCAUUACAUUGGGAAUUACUGCAGAGGGCUCGUGCACUGGAUAAUCAAGUUUAUGUGUUUGCCAUAAGCCCAGCGAGAGGUGAAAAAGGAUAUAUUGCAUGGGGACACUCCCAAAUUACUGACCCUUGGGGGAAAGUAGUGGCUCAGGCUAAACAUGGUGAAGAAAUUAUUUAUAGUGAUCUUGAUUUUAACGAAUGUGAUAAAGUCAGACAACAAAUACCCAUUUUUCAUCAAAGGCGAAGUGAUGUUUAUGAUACUGUUGAGAAGAAAUAAGUCUCAUCGACCAUGUCAUAUGUAUUUACUCAGUUGUAAUACUAUUUUUGUGUAUAUCUUUAUGGGGCGAAUGUUCAAAAGGGUGGUUGAAAAAUAAAACAACAACUAAUUAAAA